AUGUUUCGUACUAGUGGGAAAAGGGUUUUCACAAAUCGAGAAAAGCCAUCAAUAGCGUUACAUCUUUCUGAGUUUGCUGCCAAGAGUUUGGCGCUCAGACUUGGCACCCGUGAGAAAAUCGAUCACGUUAACCGUAGCUACGGGGACGUGCGCGAUUUACCCUUCAGGUUGGUCGUUGGAGUUCUGCCUAUUUUCGCCACAAAAAAAUUAAUUUUUGUUCUACGUCCAUUCAAAAAUGACCUUUUUGUUCAACUUGGUAGCUCUGAGGAGCCGUGUUAUGGAGGAAUAGACGAUCUUUGCGAACGUUUUGACUCUUGGGUCCGUUGCAUUCGUGACAGAGACUUAUUAGCGAAGGAACAACGUCAAGCAGAGAAAAGCAGUUGCUCGUCCAUUGUGACGAACUCGUCCAGGUUUUUCGUACGUUCUUCGCCUGCUGAGUGGAUAGCACUGCUUCAUUCUGUUCAUCUGUUUGUGAACACCAAUAAAGAUGCCGCCGCGGUGCCCUACCUUUGCAGGCCGCCUGAACCUCGACCAACGCAUGCUCCUCGACUCAAGGUUCCCAAGCUUCCUAACCGUCAGCAGCAACCGUUUGGGACAGAAACGGAUGCGGCUUAUCAUUCCAGUAAAAACGCAAGCAGCGCUCAUCAAAUGGUUCAUGAGAAUGGCAACCCGAUAAACGCCAAUAAUAUGGAUCCGGCCAACAACGGUCGUGGUGACGUCGCUGUAGCAAGGAGGGCUAAUGAACAACAGUACCCUGUGCAAAUGAAUGUUAUGAAGCAGAACGCUUCCCACGUGGUGCCCAUGCAAGGCCGAAAUUUUGUGCCCGCAAACUCGCGCACUUUUGCUGACGGUCUUCCUCCUGCAACUGCAUCGCAGCAAAUCGUGGGAGUUACGGCUCAGCCAGCACAGUGGCAGCUGAUACAACCGGGAACAGUUUUACAAGUGCAACUAGCUCAGCAGCAGUAUCCUGCUGGAACAACGCUACACGCUUCUCCAUUGCGUGCUCAACAAGUAGUGGUGCAGACUUCGCAACAGUCGCCUGUCGUUUACCAAGUUGCUCCAGUAGCGCAGCAGCAAGUGCUGAAGCAAGGAAUUCCAGGUUCAAGCAAGGUCGAGGCCUCUCGUUUGUUACUCGUGAACAAUGCAAAUUCUCCAAGAAUUCCAACUCUUGGUACUGUGUCCCACGCUACUCUGACGGCAGUAAAACGGCCGUGUCGAACCAGUGCUCGUCUGAGGAAGGAGGUUGAGACGAUCGCGAUCGAUGAUGAUGAUGAGGCGAGUGUGGCGAAUACGUCAACAUCGGCUGCUAACUGCGAAGGGGAUGAGAAUGGCAGCGGCGAUGGUACCGGUGGAGAGCCUAGCGAGAAACGGCCGCGAAUGGAUGACCCAAUCAAUGACGAAGUUCUUCUAGUGUUCCCUCCUGGUGAAAGUGGAGCGAUUACACUUCACUUCGAAGAUUUACGGGUGUUAGCUCAUGGCGAGAUGCUUAAUGACAACAUCAUAGAGUUUUAUCUGAAGUACAUUCGUGCUAAGCUUGUCGCCAAAGAACGACGCGAUGCGGUUUUUGUAUUCAAUACGUUUUUCUAUCAGAAGUUGACAGAAAAGCAACCAUCGAUCUCAAUAUUGAACAAAAAUCAUAGGAGUUCUGUUGGAAGAUUCGAAUGGAUCAAAAGAAAUUUUUCAAAAGUGAAGUCAUGGACGAAGAAAGUGGACAUUUUCAAAAUGGACUACAUAGUUUUGCCAAUAAACGACGAGAUGCACUGGUACCUGGUAAUCAUAGUGAAACCUGCGUUGGCUGUCGUUUCACAACGGAGUGAAGAUGUCGAACAAGCUCGAAAACGUGGCUCUUGCAGAGCGGAUCCUGAUACUUUUAUUGUGGUGCUUGACUCCUUACCAGACCCGAAUGAUGUAAAAAGAAAAUGUGUUCUGGAUAUAUUGAGAGAUUACUUGGAGUGCGAACUUGCUGAUAAACGUGGUCCCCACGAAGAAGUAUACCUGGACAGAACACGUAUAGGUGCACUGUACCCGCUAGGUGUUCCACAUCAGGAAAACUACGUUGACUGCGGCCUUUACUUGUUACAGUUUGCCGAAGCUUUUCUUACGAAGCCACCAUCUGGAAAAAUGUUGAGACAAGGCGUCCGCUGGAAAGAGUGGUACCCGUGGUUCGAUCAUUCGAUGUAUUUUAUGCGUGAAAAAAUUAGUCGACGAUUGCAAGGGCUAUGCAAUAAGAAGGCAUGGCAACGGUUGGAGGCUUAUGAACGUCAGCAAGGGCGUGGUGUUAGUGUUGAGACGUCAACUGUAAUAAUUGAAAAAGCUCGACGGCCGAGACGUCACAGUGAGACUCGCCUUCAUGAACCACAUCCGAGAGCACGCAAAAGAACCCACUCUGAACCACCGAAUAUUAAGAAAUGCGCUCCUCCUGCUCCAAGGAUGGUUCCUUAG